UUCAUCUCUCUGAACCCCGAUCUCUCCAAAACCAAUCAGAACUCUACCAAAGCAUCAUUCCGGUAAACCAAUAGGCCUAGUUUCCACCUUGUACUAGGUCUACUCCAUUCGCGCACGGAGCAAAGGACUUCCUCGCUCCUUAUAUGGCUGACCCGCUCAAUGGAGACGUCAGAGGCACACCCGUUUUGUCCAAGCACAUUAUCCCAUUCUACAGGACACGUCCAGCCAUCAUCAAAAUCCGCUUUCUCUCGCCGUUGUCUUUCUUUUUACGAUAAUUUGUAACUCAUUGGAAUAGCACGAGCCACGGUGCAGCUGUUUUCAUUAACCCAGUUCUAGUUGCUGCGUCACCGCCAUACAACACGGGAUAUCUGAUUAGUGAGCACAGUUUUACUGGGUUGGAUAGAGGGAAUAGAGAGACUCACAUUUUGAAAAAGGGAAUGCUUUGACUACAGUGUGGAUUUUGACUGGAUGCAAGUGUGUUUUAAUGUGUGUUUUAAUGUGUGUUUCCCUUUGUGUUUCUGAUGGUGCAUCACAGAGUGUUUUAUGCUAUUUAGAAAUGUUACUUUAAUUUGCUGAGUGGUUAACUAUAUUCAGUCAGAUUUCUCACGCGUUCAUCAACCGCCGGCACUUUACAUACUGUUAUGCUUUAAGCAUCUUAAUUACUGAAUACAAUGGUGCAAUAAUUUAGUAUUUAUAUAUUUGUGCCUUUACUUGUCGACACCCGCGGGCAGCACACUGGGGUAACAACGAAACGGAAAGUUUUGGAAACAUUGACGGAUAGAUAUGGCAAUGGUAACGUGGAGAAACGGCGAGGAAAAUGUCGCCCGCGACUCUCAAGGCGGAAUCUCUUCCCCGGUCUCUCAAGGCGAACCGUUAUCCCUCUCUACCGACCUAACGGGACACCUCAAUCCCACAUCCUCUCUGGAUAUCCCAUCAACACGUCAGACACCCCAAGGCGCUCAUUCAAGCAAUACAUCUCAAUCUAUCACUAGCCAAACGUCGACUAACUCCAUGGACAAACAACAGCCUCAGCAGAUCGAGUGUGUGGUGUGCGGGGAUAAAUCCAGCGGGAAGCACUAUGGUCAGUUCACAUGUGAGGGGUGUAAGAGCUUCUUCAAACGGAGCGUCAGACGGAACCUCGGCUACACCUGCCGCGCUAGCAGGAACUGUCCCAUUGAUCAACACCACAGGAAUCAAUGCCAGUACUGCCGCCUCAAGAAAUGUGUCAAAGUGGGAAUGCGGAGAGAAGCGGUUCAGAGAGGGAGGAUGCUGCCUACUCAACCGUACCACGGUCAGUUCUCCAUAACCAACGGAGACCCUCUCCAAUGCCACUCCUACCUUUCUGGAUACAUCUCCCUGCUCAUGCGAGCCGAGCCCUACCCCACAUCCAGAUACAGCACGCAGUGUAUGCAGUCCAACAACCUCGUGGGGAUCGAGAACAUCUGUGAGCUGGCCGCCCGGAUGCUGUUCUCGGCGGUGGAGUGGGCCCGAAACAUCCCCUUCUUCCCCGACCUCCAGAUCACCGACCAGGUCGCCCUGCUCCGGCUCACUUGGAGCGAGUUGUUCGUGCUGAACGCGGCCCAGUGCUCAAUGCCGGUGCAUGUGGCUCCUCUCCUGGCCGCGGCAGGGCUGCAUGCCGCCCCCAUGUCGGCGGAGAGAGUCGUGUCUUUCAUGGACCAUAUCCGGAUCUUCCAGGAGCAGGUGGAGAAGCUGAAGGUUCUGCAUGUUGACUCAGCCGAGUACAGCUGCAUUAAGGCUAUAGUUCUCUUUACGUCAGAUGCGUGCGGUCUGUCAGACGUGACUCACGUGGACGAUCUUCAGGAGAAGUCCCAGUGCGCCCUGGAAGAGUACAUCAGGAGCCAGUACCCUAACCAACCGAACCGGUUUGGGAAGCUACUACUCCGUCUGCCCUCUCUACGCACCGUCUCCUCGUCCGUUAUAGAACAGUUAUUCUUCAUCCGGUUGGUCGGAAAAACACCAAUAGAAACUCUCAUUAGGGAUAUGUUGCUUUCCGGAAGCAGUUUUAAUUGGCCUUACAUGUCGAUGCAGUAGAAUAAGAACAUUCCAGAACACACCAGGAAUGGAAUCAUAGAACUAGAAUGUUCUAUGGGUGGAACUGUCAGAGGAACAGGCAACAUUCUAAAGCAGUGGUUCACAACCUUUAUCUGUAACUGUACCAGCAACUAGAUGUUACUCUGCCCGGAGUCCCCUGGAGUCCCCCCGGAGUCCCCUGGAGUCCCCCCGGAGUCCCCCCGGAGUCCCCUGGAGUACCCCUGGAGUCCCCCCCGGAGUAGCCCCAAAGUCCCCUGGAGUACCCCUGGAGUCUCCCUGGAGUACCCACUCAGGUGCAUUUUACUAGCAGGCCUAUGGUCUCAUGAGUCUUCUCCAGUAACCCCUGAGGUUAGGCCAAGUACCCCCAGGGGUCCUAGUACCCCUGGUUGGGAACCACUGUUCUAAAGCAUGAAAAGAGACUAAUUAAAUGACAGGGAUCCUCCUCACAAAUCAUGAUUUGGGAAACAAAAUAGAGUAUUUAUUUGACCCUGUAUGUAUAUUUAUUGUGCAUGUUAAUGAUUUUGAUUUUUUACAAAUGUUUUCCAUUUGACCCUGGAUAAGAAAAUGACAAGGGAAUUGUUGUAGUUUUUUUCCAACUUUGUCUUUUUUCCAUACAUGUCUUUUUGUAUAAUGUGCUCCAAACAUGGAACUAAAACAUGAAUAGUUUCCUUGAAUAUUUCAAUAAACACAGUAGUCCAGGGGUACUCUAAUACUAUUAGAGAUGAUCUGAGCACACCGAUGUCCUAGAUGGCAAAGGUCUGGAUGGAUAUUGUCAUUCAUCAGUGUAACAGACCCUCACAACCCAAACCGUUCAACUGUUCACAGCCCUUAGCAGUUGAAAAGCUCAUUUCCUGCAAUUCUACACAUUUCCCAUGUCUUAUGUGUUCAUAUGAUACCAGGACUCAAAUCCCAACCCAAUUAAAUGUGAAAAUGUAAAAAAACAUGUUCUGGGUCACGAUCCCAUGGUCCUUAUUGACUCCGUUCUGGAUGGUAUAGUGUACCAUAUCGCCAGUUCAUGUUACCACCAUCCCCCUGACAGAACUAUAUUCAUGUUACCACCAUCCCCCUGACAGAACUAUAUUCAUGUUACCACCAUCCCCCUGACAGAACUAUAUUCAUGUUACCACCAUCCCCCUGACAGAACUAUAUUCAUGUUACCACCACCCCCCUGACAGAACUAUAUUCAUGUUACCACCAUCCCCCUGACAGAACUAUAUUCAUGUUACCACCAUCCCCCUGACAGAACUAUAUUAAUGUUACCACCAUCCCCCUGACAGAACUAUAUUCAUGUUACCACCAUCCCCCUGACAGAACUAUAUUCAUGUUACCACCAUCCCACUGACAGAUAGGUUACAGUUCAAAUGAGUUAAGUCAUCUUUGUAAGUAUCAGGAUAUAUCUGGUAACUUUCAUGUGGUGAUUGCCUGCGUUGCUACAUCCUUAACAAAUAAAGUCAAUAUGAAAAAGCAAUUUUCACUCCUUAAGAAGAUACACCUCUUAGGGUUUCCACAUGGACAACUAAAUACUGGGUCAUUCAUCAGAUGUAAUGAGCAGUGUGGUUGGGAAUGACUUCCUCAGCCAUAUACUGCAUCACUGCAGGGUAUUGGUAACCUUCAAUACUUUCAGUGGCUGUGCAAAUGACUGCAGCUGAUGUGCUUGUGUGAAUGUUUUAUUGAUACAAAUUAUGUUUGUUGAUUUUGAAACAACACUGAUGUACUGUGGCAAAGUAUUGCCAUACCAUAUUAAAUUAUAAAUCAUGAUUUAUUAAUAAAAGCUAUUUCUCA